CCUUGUGAAGGACAAUCGUCUCACAUUUUUUCAGUGUGUAUUAAUGGUUGACAAGUGUUGUGUAAUUUCAUAACUUUGGAUUUAAAUUUGUUUCAUCUCUAAUACAUUUGUCAAAAUGCCUUUCAUGAAACAUGCUGUCAUUAUUGACAAUGGGACAGGGUAUACAAAAAUGGGAUAUGCUGGGAACACAGAACCUCAGUUCAUCAUCCCAUCAGCCAUUGCUGUGAAAGAAACUGCUUCCGUUGGUAAUAAAUCCAUCAGUCGUCUCGGGAAGGGGGUUGAAGAUCUGGACUUUUUCAUUGGAGACGAGGCUCUCAAUGCAACCUCAUACGCUGUAAAGUGGCCUAUUCGACAUGGUAUAGUAGAUGACUGGGAUUUAAUGGAGAGAUUUUGGGAGCAGGCCAUCUUCAAAUACCUCCGAUCAGAGCCAGAAGAUCAUUAUUUCUUACUGACUGAGCCUCCAUUGAACACACCAGAAAACAGGGAAUAUACUGCAGAAAUUAUGUUUGAGUCUUUCAAUGUACCAGGUCUAUAUAUUGCUGUACAGGCUGUUUUAGCGUUGGCAGCGUCGUGGACAUCGAGACAAGUAGGGGAGAGAACCCUUACAGGAACUGUGAUAGACUCUGGAGAUGGAGUUACCCAUGUCAUUCCAGUAGCUGAAGGCUAUGUAAUUGGCAGCUGUAUAAAACAUAUCCCAAUAGCUGGAAGAGAUAUUACCUACUUCAUACAGCAGUUACUGAGGGAACGAGAGGUCGGCAUUCCUCCAGAACAGUCUCUAGAAACUGCUAAAGCUAUUAAGGAAAGAUUUAGUUACGUGUGCCCUGACAUAGCAAAAGAAUUUGCAAAAUAUGACCAAGAUCCAGGUAAAUGGAUGAAAAGAUUUGAGGGUAUGAACUCAGUUACACGACAACAGUUUGCUGUAGAUGUAGGAUACGAGAGAUUCUUAGGGCCUGAAAUAUUCUUCCAUCCUGAGUUUUCAAACCCUGAUUUUACGACACCAAUAUCCGAAGUAGUAGAUACUGUGAUCCAACAAAGUCCAAUAGAUGUUAGAAGAGGACUGUAUAAGAACAUAGUGUUAUCAGGUGGUUCGACAAUGUUUAAAGAUUUUGGACGAAAGCUCCAGAGAGAUGUAAAAAGAGUAGUUGAUAACAGAUUGAAAGUUAGCGAAGAACUUAGCAGUGGUAGAAUAAAGCCAAAACCAAUUGAUGUACAAGUGAUAACACAUCAUAUGCAAAGAUACGCUGUAUGGUUUGGAGGAUCAAUGUUAGCCUCAACACCUGAGUUUUACCAAGUGUGCCACACGAAGGCCGACUAUGAUGAACAUGGACCUAGUAUAUGUAGACAUAAUCCAGUGUUUGGCACCAUGUCAUAGGACACAACAGACUAUGUGUAGAUUUUCUCAUUGAAAAAAUCAGUAAUCCAGGACAAUAUUCUUCCUAAAACAAUGUACACACAUGCAAAAUAUCAUUCUUCAAACACAGUGUAACUAUGGUUACUGUAUGGAAAUAAAGGAGAAGCCGCUAUAGCUUUUCUAGGACGAGGUGACAAGCUCUUCUCCAGAUUAUCAUUUUUUCUUUGUUAUAAUUUUUUCAUUGGUAUAAGCUGCUAAUGGGAAAGUAUGUAUGGGAUUUAUACAAUAUGUAUUAGAAAUAUUUCCUUUUAUUUGAAGAUUGAUUAUCACCAACGUUAUUGCAGUUAUAAAGUAGGUACAUUUUGUUGAUGCUGAUUAUUUUGUAGAUUUUUUCGGGAUAGAAAUUACAACUAUUUAUAUAUUGGCGGACAGAUUUGAAGAUUAGACUGCAACUAUUCAUUGUACAGCGAUUGAAAGACUGCUCUGUCUUGUCUGUCUUACUCAAAAUAAUUCGACGUUCAGAUUGUCUUCUUUGUAACUGGGCAAUCUAAAUGUCAAAACUUUGAAGGACCAAAAUAAUGGGGGAUAAAUCACAGUACACAGUCGUGUAAAGUUAUUGGUUUUUUCGCUUGCGCAUAUUGGCGUCUACGUUAAUCGUGUACAGUGCAUAUGUAGGUUUAAAUCACCAGAAAAUUCGUAAUUUUGAAUAUUAUUUGAUAAUUUUUACAUAAAUCAGUGAGGAAUUGAAUCCCCUUUUGAAACAUGUAAGUUUCAUUUGAAUUUAUGGCCAAUUCGUGACAUAAUCAGCAUUUAAACCUGUAAGAAUGAAAAGCGUUGGCAGCAAUGAAAAUUUUAUCGGAAAUUGCUUCUACAAUUUUGGUCUUUCGAGUGUUUGAUGCGAGUGGGGAUAUUGCCCAUAUGAAAAAAAUAUCUCAAUAUUUUCUAAGAUCGCAUCAGAUUUGUUGGACUAGCUCUGUCUAAGAAAAAUAAGAUAAUAUUUGCGGGCAAGUAGUUUACAUUGCUGAAAAAAUUUCAUUCUUAUUUCUUAGAAAUGUUUGAAUAGAUGAAUUAUUUGACUCUACAGUUUGGUAUAUUUUCCAUUCAUACUCCUUGAUUAAAAUAUGGGUAAACUGGGAGGUCACUUAUCUGGUUACAGAAUCCUUUAAUUUUAAUCAUUAUCUGUUUGAAAUCAUGCAUUUGGGUGAAAGCAGUGCCCAACUGUUGAUGUCAGUACUUUUCCCAUGGAUUUUUUAACUGUUAGUUAGUCUUAGCCAAGGCCAUUAUAUGUCCAAUACCUUAAAAUUGACUGGUAAAGGAAGUAUAAACAAUAUGGAGUUACAUAUUAAAAUCUAAGCUUCAUCAAACUGUUAAUGUGACCUUUGAUCAAAAUAUAUCAGGAAACUAGGAACUAUUGUGUCCCCUUUGGCAUUGCCCUUUGUUUUAUAUUUAGACUGAAUAUUCUGCAGUUACUGUUUGCCAUUAAGUAACUUGAAGUACUGACGUUAACAGUUGUACUUCUGUCACAGAGUCAUAACAGCAUUAUUUUACGAAGCAAUACAUUUUUUAAGACCAUAUUCAUACAAAUGAACAUAUUUGCAGGGGAUAUCAACUUUUUUCCUUUUCUUGUAUUUUUUUCUCAUUUUUGUUGGUGCUUUUGUAAAAGUCAGUUGCGAGGGAUAAAUAAAUGAUCAAAUGGUAAAAUAGUUGUAUGGGCUGACAUGGUGUCUGUGUGUUUAAAAUUUUGAUGAUUUUACAUGACUAUUAUUUUAUUUUUAUUUUAUUUUUCUUCUAAGACAUACUUAUUUCAUGUAAUAUAAGAAAUGUUGACAACAGGAAAGAGAAAAGUGUGAUAUAUUGAUAUUAACAUAGACAACUUUGCAGGAAGGUAGAAUUUUUAGGCAUUAUUCAUAGUUAAACAUGUCUAUUGAAUUGUCCUGAUUCAGGAAAUUUUGCAUGUGUGUUUUCGAAGACUACAUAUUUCAUAUUACAGAAGUUUGUAACCAUUAUUUACUUGCGCCUGUGAUUUGUAGAGAGUGAAAUAUGUUAGUGUCUGAAAUGCUGUUAUAAUGUAUAUGCAACAUGGGGGUAGUUUCUUGGAGACGGCUUUGAGCUUGCAUAGUUAUCAUGAUUCUUUCUUUCUUACGACGUUAGAUAAUUCAUUUGUACACUUAAAUUUCAUACACGUUACAUCCUGAAUAAGACUGGAUAUUAUUUCCGUUCUUUGUGUUUGUUUGAUCACUGCAGAUUUGCUUUCUAGUGAAUUAUAAAUAUUGGCGGAAUUGAGAGACUUAAGUUUAUGUAGCUUUUUUUUUUUAUGGACGCUAGAUAUAUUCUCUGCUAAAAUGACAGAAGUAACUUUUCAGUGAAACCCACUUUAUAAACAAGUGCAGACAGUUGAGUUUAUCAAAAUGAAAAAAAUGCUCAAGUUUUGCUACAUAUGCUGGUUUUCAAAAAGUUAAAUGUUCAUCACCCUUGCCCUACCCCUCUCUGCCCCUGCCCCCUCCAUUUGAAGUCAUUACCACUGCUGACAAUAAGGUGUUUGUUGUGUAUAUAAUCUGUUAUGGGUAUUUUCGCUAUUCAUUUUCUGUAACAAUAAUGUAUUUAAACACAUAUGUAUAACAUUAUUAAGAUGCCAUCUUAUUUUAAAAGUGCUAAUUGACAAUUUGUUGGAUCCAUUAUGAUGAAAAAUGAUAGUUUUAGUAAAUAACUGUUAUUGACUUUGGAACUGAAAAAAAAAUGAAAGAUUAAACUAAAUGAAAUUUAGAUUGAACUUUUUGGAUUGAAAAGUGUGUGCAAAAGGGGUGAUACAGAGUCAUAAAAAACUUUUCUGUCACAAAAAGUAAUGACUUUCAGAAAUAAGUAUACAAAAAAUACUAAAUUAAACCUUGUAUUCCAGACAUUUACAUGGUAUUAUAUGAAUGCCUCCUUACGCAUCAUGAUUUUUAAUAAAGGUAUUUGAAAGCCAACAAAAUCUGUAUUUUGCUAUUUGUUAUAUGCCUGUAGUGUUUUAUUUACACACAUAAAAGGCUACCAUUAUUGUGCUGUUUGUUUUAUGUCCUUGUUUGUUUAAGGUACUUUAUUUGAGAAGUGAAACAAAUUGUAUGUUUCUAUGUUUUCUGUCUCUAAUGUUAAAUAACAAAUUGCGGACUGAAUGCAAAAAGAGAUAUUUACUUUCUCUGUUUAAAUGUAUUUAGUUGCUUUUUGCAAUUGGUUAUGGAGUAAAGUCUGACGUGUUAUAUGACGGCUUCAUAUAUUCUACAUUAAUUUAAUACAGCAUAAAGUAUUAGAACUUCCUACUUAUUCCUGUAUACUGUAAAAAUACUGCAUUCUUUGUUUGCUAUUUGUUUAAAUCUUCAUUUUAUGGCAACCGUUUAAGAUUAAUUUGGUAGAUACAGUUUUGAUUGUGCAAGUAUAAGCUUAUUUAUACUCUCCAGCUGUAGAUCAUACGGGCGACAGCUCCAGAAAACCUGUAUGUAAUCUUUAUUUGGAAAAUCAUGUAAGAUAAAAGGAAAAACAGGUGUAAAGCAACUAUACACGAGACUCCUAUCCCAGUCUUAGUAGUUUUAGUCGAAGUGGUGGUUGGAACCGUAACCCAAUAUGACCAUUUUGUGUCGAUUCGCCAUAAAACCCAACUCACUCGCUCACUUGAUUUUGUAGAGAGAUAGUGUUGCCACUAGAUAGUUUCAUCUUCUCUUGUUGAUGAAUUAUUGUACCCCCCGACAACAAAGUUGUAAGGGGGGGUAUACUGGUUUCAGGUUGUCUGUCUGUCUGUCUGUCCGUCUGUCCGUAGACGCAAUUUUGUGCGCACCAUCUCUCCUUAUCCCCUUGACAGAAUUUAAUGAAACUUCACAGAAGAGAUCAGUACCAACAGUAGUUGUGCAUGGGGCAUGUUAGGUUCUUUUAGAAAAAAAAAUUGCAGAGUUAUGGGACUUUGUUUUUUUGUUACUAUUCUAUAUACAUAGACACAAUCUUGUGCGCACCAUCUCUCCUCAUCCCCUUGACACAAUUUAAUGAAACUUCACACAAGUGAUCAGUACCAACAGUAGUUGUGCAUGGGGCAUGUUAGGUUCUUUUAGAAAAAAAAUUUGCAGAGUUAUGGGACUUUGUUUUUUUGUUACUAUACUUUAUACAUAGACACAAUCUUGUGCGCACCAUCUCUCCUCAUCCCCUUGACACAAUUUAAUGAAACUUCACACAAGUGAUCAGUAACAACAGUAGUUGUGCAUGGGGCAUGUUAGGUUCUUUCAGAAAAAAAAUUUGCAGAGUUAUGGGACUUUGUUUUUUUGUUACUAUACUAUAUACAUAGACACAAUCUUGUGCGCACCAUCUCUCCUCAUCCCCUUGACACAAUUUAAUGAAACUUCACACAAGUGAUCAGUAACAACAGUAGUUGUGCAUGGGGCAUGUUAGGUUCUUUCAGCGACAAAAAUUGCAGAGUUAUGGGACUUUGUUUUUUGUUAACAUACUAUGGGACUUUGUUUCUUGUUAACAUACUAUGUACAUACAGUCUGCAUAUGCAAUCUUGUGCGUGCCUAAUCUACCAAACUCUUACACACAAUUUAAUGAAACUUCACACAAGUGAUCAGUACCAACCCUAGUUGUGCAUGGUGCAUGUUACAUCCUUUUAGAUAAAUAUUCUGCAUAGUUAUGGGACUUUGUUUUUUGUUACUAUACUGUAUACAUACAGUCUAUAUACAUACAGUCCACAAAUUAUGCAAUCUUGUGUGCGUCAAAUUGCAAUGUACUGUGUCAGUGCAUGCGGGGGGUACAUUCAUCACCUUUAGUGAUAGCUCUAGUUGUAAACAAGCUUACAUACUUUUUUGUCAAAUUUACACAAAUUCCAUUGCAUGUGAGCAAAAUUAGUUAUUCCUGGGUGCUGUAAAAAAAAAAGAUAACAGAGAAAUUGAAACAAAAAUGAAAAAGAAAGAAAAGUUUUCGUACUGCAGAGGGCCAAUUUGAAUAUAUGCAAUAGCCUUACAUGUAUGACAUUUGUAAAAUCUUUCAGUUCAGAAAUGUCUUUUUCAUUACAUAUUUGUAAAGUUUGCUGUUACCAUUUUCUUCAUCUGAUAGCUAUCAUUUGUAAAUAAAGAACAAACAAUUUCUUAAACUGAUAUAAAAUUGUUCCUUUUCUACAUUAAGUUCAUUCUCCGACUUGACAUAACAUACCUCCACUGUGUGAAGUAAGACAGUAUGAUGUUUUUUUCUUUCGUAAAACCAUAUAUGAAUAAUGUUUUCCAUUUUAAAUUAAAAUAACAUUGUUUUUCAUUUGAAGAGAUGCAUCAGUUUUCUUUCUAUACAGAAUUAAAUUAUUCUAGUUGCAAUGUUUAAAACUAUUAAGAGUGCAGUAACAUUGCAUCUUCUUAAUGGUGUGGAUUAGUAAGUUGGAAGAAUAGUUGAUAAAUGUUGCCGAGGGUUUUUGUGUACUCUGUAUAUACUGUACAUUUUACUAUGGCUCAGAACUAUACUAUAUAAUUAUACACUGUAGAAAUAUGUACAAACAUUCUACAGUAAUAGCAAAUUUAAAUAAUAAAUUAUGUAUACUA